AAAAUUCUUAUUCGAAUUAAACCCAAAUUAAAUAGUAGAAGCCCUAUCAAAAUGCAAAUACAGAAAAAACGUGUUUAAAAUCUAAAAAUACUAGCACUAUGUUAUUGAUAUUAGUUACUUUUUUCCAUAUAUUAGGAUCUUUCAAAAGAUGAAAACAUUGGCAACCCUUUCAAGUGGACUACGUGAAUAUCAACAAUUUGUCAUCGUUUGCAGUUUUGCAUUUGCAUUGUAAUUCAUUUUAUAUUAAAUUAUUACUUUAUUAAAAUGAAUAUUGCUAUUUUUGGUGAGCUAAAUCAAUUUGAACUGGUUGUGCUCACUAGCUUGAUGCCAGCCGUAUUUAUUUACUUGUGGAUAUUGAUAACCGGUGAUAUUAAAAAUUUUGAACGUAGCAAGACAGCAUAUUCGGCUUACACAGCAAAAGAUCCUAUCAAUUGUUACCAAAAUUAUACAGAAGAGAAAAAGGAUACGUAGGAAAUGAAAUAAUAUAAAAUAAAAUAUAAUAAAUUUAUCAAGCGAAAACUGUAUUAAUAAUAAAUGGAUGUAAUAAUAUAAUGAUCAUUUACUUGAGUCCGUGAAAAGAAAAAUCAUAUACUUCUAACUCUAAAGUUAAAAUAUUAAGCAGACAGUUCUUUUAAAGAGCAACACUGCAGGCGUAAUUCAAGACUAAAAACCGCGCAGUUGUAAAGGCUAAACACAAGCACAGCAA